CUCAUCGCAUAUUUCGCUGUCAAGCGAUCAAAGACGAUAGCUGUGAAUAUACAGCCUCACGAUACCACACCCUACGUUACUCACCGUUCUUGUGGUCCCUGUGGUGAAUCUGGUCUCCUGCGGCGAAUACUUCAAACUCGUGUGCCGUCUCUGCGCCCUCUACCUUUGACGUAGCUUUCUGCAGAAAGCUCCAUUGAGGCCGACAUUACUUCAUUUACCGGAAGUGAUUCACAGUCCUCCAUACAGCGAAAUACAAUUCUAGGAAGCAGAUAAUCCCCCCUCCCCUCUCACUGCGGAAACCACAACCAGAACCCCGUCACCCUUCUUCCAAGAGAGGAUAGAAGCCAUGGCGGACCAAAAUGAUGUCGAUCUUGACUCCAUCAUUGAUAGAUUGUUGGAGGUCAGAGGAAGCCGACCAGGCAAACAAGUACAACUGCUAGAAGCAGAGAUCCGUUAUCUGUGCACAAAGGCUCGUGAGAUUUUCAUCUCGCAACCGAUUCUAUUAGAGCUUGAGGCUCCUAUCAAGAUCUGCGGUGAUAUCCACGGCCAAUAUUAUGAUCUGCUGCGUUUGUUCGAGUAUGGUGGAUUCCCACCGGAGGCAAACUAUCUCUUCCUUGGUGAUUAUGUCGACCGAGGCAAGCAAUCUCUGGAAACCAUCUGCCUACUCCUUGCGUACAAAAUUAAAUACCCGGAGAACUUCUUCAUCCUUCGUGGCAACCAUGAAUGCGCCUCCAUUAACCGUAUCUAUGGAUUCUACGAUGAGUGCAAGAGGAGGUAUAACAUCAAGCUCUGGAAGACCUUCACUGAUUGCUUCAACUGCCUCCCAAUCGCCGCAAUCAUUGACGAGAAGAUCUUCACAAUGCAUGGUGGUCUGAGCCCUGACUUGAACUCUAUGGAGCAAAUUCGUCGUGUCAUGCGCCCAACUGAUAUUCCUGACUGCGGUCUACUCUGCGAUCUUCUCUGGUCCGACCCAGACAAGGAUAUCACCGGCUGGAGUGAAAAUGACAGAGGUGUCUCAUUCACGUUCGGGCCUGAUGUUGUCUCUCGAUUCCUCCAGAAGCAUGACAUGGAUUUGAUAUGCCGAGCUCAUCAAGUUGUCGAAGACGGCUACGAAUUCUUCUCAAAGCGGCAAUUGGUCACACUCUUCAGUGCACCCAAUUACUGCGGCGAGUUUGAUAAUGCAGGAGCUAUGAUGAGCGUGGAUGAGAGUUUGCUAUGCUCGUUCCAGAUCCUGAAACCAGCGGAGAAGAAACAAAAGUACGUUUACGGUGGCCUUGGUGCCAGUAGGCCCGUCACUCCUCCGAGGAAGUCCAAAAAGUAAAUGAACAAUUACGAACUUUCUUGUGUAUAGCAGGUUCGGACGCAGAUAAGCAUGCCUUCGCGAUUUCCCCUCGAGUCUCACGACAAUGUUUCGCCCACGCACCUCGAUCCGCCUUGCCUUUUUUCCGCGUACGCCUCGAUCGAUCGAUUUUUGCCAGACCCGAACGUCUUCUCGAUCUUGACGACUCUUUUCCUCAUCAUAAACAUACCUACUGGUACGCGUGCGUAC